AAAAGGAAAGCAUAAAGGAGCACAGUGUAGAUAUUGUACUACAUUAUGGGCUCGAGAAAGAGCUCAGGAUAUGAAGGCUUACCUUGGAAUAAGAUGUAAAGGGAAGUUACCAAGAGAAAUUCAACUUAGGAACACUAAGUCAGAGCUUAAUUAUGUUGAUCUAAAUUUUCCUCAAGAGGAUUUCUUAUCAAUUUUCAACAAAAUCGCAAGUUCUAUUAAAGACAGUACAGAUUUAUUUGGUGAGAAAAAGUUGAUUUUUUUUUCGAAAGAACUUAUAGAAGGACUGUUGGAAGAACUGUUAGAAGAAGACAUAGAAAGUCUUGAUGAAUCAGAUAAUUUAGAUCAAGAAAACUUUACAAAUUUAAUACCCAAGAUUCUCAAAAACCUUCAUUAUUUGAUUAAGAAAGCUGCUGUUGUUCAAAAGCAUUUGAAACGUAAUUGUCAUGAUAAAAAUGUUGAAUUUAGAUUAAUGUUAAUUGAAUCAAGAAUUUGCCGCUAUGUCAGAUUUUAUAAAAAGGUAGAACAACUUUCUCCGGACUAG